GUUGUGUGUUGGACUUGGGUUGGUAUAUUCAGUUUUCAGGAGAGUUUGGUAUACACACAACACAACACCAACAUGAAGAGCAUGGUGACGCCAUUGACGAGGGUCUUACCCUUUCGUCACCCAAAUGGCUAUAAUACCCUUCCCUUCUCUCUUACACGCUACCCUUCCUCACCGAACUUCUCCUUCUCCUUCUCCCCUCUCACUCUCACUCUUUCCAUGGCCGCUUCACCACAAUCCUCCGCUCCGACUGUGUCGCCUGGUGAUGCUAACAUCAACAAAGAUGGUGUAUUUCAAUUGAUUCAAGCACAUCAGGAAAAAGCUGCUAGACUUCCACCAGUUGAGGAAAUUCGAACUGUCCUUGAUCGUAGCGUGCGUGGGAUGCUCUCUACAUUCUCGAAGAAGUUCGAUGGUUAUCCAUCAGGGUCUAUGGUUGACUUUGCUUGUGAUUCAAAUGGAUAUCCUAUAUUAGCAGUGAGCGACUUGGCAGUUCAUUCGAAGGACCUAACUGCCAAUCCUAAAUGUUCAUUGCUUGUGGCUAGAGAUCCUGAAGAUAGGACUGAUUUAGUGAUUACUGUACAUGGUGAUGCUAUCUCUGUACCUGAAAAUGAAAGAGAAGCCGUUCGAGCUGCAUAUUUGGCGAGGCAUCCCAAUGCAUUUUGGGUUGACUUUGGAGACUUCCGAUUCUUGCGCAUUGAACCAAAAGUUGUACGAUUUGUGUCAGGUGUUGCCACGGCUUUGUUAGGAUCAGGAGAGUUUAGUGGAGAUGAGUAUAAAUCUGCAAAAGUUGACCCCAUAGCUCAGUUUUCCAAGCCAGUGGCGUCUCAUAUGAACAAAGAUCAUGCUGAAGAUAACAAAGUGAUUGUGCAGCAUUGGACCUCAGUUCCAGUGGACUUUGCCGACAUACUAGAUUUGGAUAGUCUUGGUUUCAAUGUUAAGGCUGGUUACCAGGGUGAUACUUUCAAGCUUCGUGUACCUUUCCCUCGACGUGCUGAAGAUAGAAAGGAUGUGAAGACUCUCAUUGUUGAGAUGCUUCAAGCUGCUAGGCCUAAAGUUGAUUGAUCACGCCAUUGAUCAAUGAUGAACAGCACCUGCCAGUCAUCCUGGGGAGAGGACAAAAUGUAUACGUCAAAAAAGUAAAUGCAGUUAUAAUUUCCAAAGAUAAAGAUGACAAAGCAAAUGGUUGACUUUUGUCAUUUCUUUUAUACACACUAUUUAGUAUUCUUACUAGGGAAAGCACUUGAAAAUUCAGACAUACAAGUGGUAUGGUAUUUUAUCAAAGAAACAAACCCUUUAUACAUAAAUGAUUUUGUGUAUUUCUUCCUGGUGUACUCUUGUAUAGAGUUGGAACAAUGUAUGGAUAAUCCUUAAGAAACAACAACAAUUAUUUAUUUUGUGCAUGUUUAUUUUA